UUUAAUAAAACCAAACCUAAACAAACCUCUCUUUCUCUCUCUCUCUCCUUCAUUCCAUGUAUUCUCCUCCUUUCUUUCUUUCUUUCUUUCUUUCUCAAAACAAGUACAUUUUUUCUUUAAAUUUAGUUUACUCAAAUAAUUGAGUUGAAAGAGCCAUGAUGAAUAGAAGUGUCUUUCAAAGCUCAUCUUCAUGCUUAUGGAGUUCUAUCAACCCUUCAAGUUCCACACCACCUUCUCUUUUCUCAUCUUCUUCUUCAUCUUCAUCUUCAUCACUCUCCCAUCAUUCCUCUCUUCCUUCCACCUUUCUCCCUUUCAGCCAACUCUUACUGGGAGGAGGGGAACAAAUGGUUGAUGAAGAAGAGAGAUACUUUGUUUAUGGUUUGCAUGAUGAUCAUGAUGAUGAUCAUGAUCAUCAAGUGUUUGGUAUUAAGGGAGUGAAGAGUUAUGGAGAUCAUGAAGAAGAAGAAGAUGAGAUCAUUCAUGCAACAACAACUACUACUACAACUACUACAACUAGUAGUUGUAGUCAAGCUUUGCAAUCUCUUUCAUCUCCAAAGUCUUGUGUUACCACACUUGACUUCUCUAAAAGAGUUCAUGACUCUGAGUGUAAUAGUAGAGAAGGUGGUGUGGCUUUGAAGAAGGCUAAAGUUCAAUCCUCAUCCUCAUCAUCAUCAACAUCAUCUCAAGCAUCUCUUAAGGUGAGGAAGGAGAAGUUAGGAGAUAGAGUAGCUGCACUACACCAACUAGUUUCACCAUUUGGAAAGACAGACACAGCAUCUGUACUGCAAGAAGCUAUAGGCUACAUCAGAUUCCUACAUAGUCAAAUAGAGGCUCUGACUUCUCCUUACAUUGCCACUGCCUCAAGUCACUCUGUACAAGGGGGAAGGAAUUGUAUAUUUAUUGAGGACUAUGAGCAGAUCUCAAAUGAAGAAUCAAGAAGAGACUUGAAGAGCAGAGGGCUAUGUCUUGUUCCAGUAUCAAUAACUCCUCAAAUUGGGAGUGAAAAUGGAGCUGAUUUCUGGGCUCCAUCAUGCUGUGGAUCAAGUGUUUGAUGAAAUGCCGUAAAGAUCUUUACAAGCUCUUUCACAAGUGUUUGAUGAAUUGCCUCAAAGAUCUAGAGCUAUUAACAAGUGUUUGAUGAAAUGCCUCAAUGAUCUUUGAUAUUAACAAGUGUUCAUUGAAAUGCGGCGGUGAUCCUUGCAAGGUUAACAAGUGUUUGAUGAAAUGCUGUAAAGAUCGGUGUGAUCGAUGAUAUAUGUAAAGCAAGACAUGUUAGUUUUUAUUUUACUUUCACUUGUAAAAUAAUCUGUCUCGAGUAAUGCGGGAAAUUGUAGUUUUACUAAUUUAAUAUUGUGACUGAUGAAAUCGUUUGAUAUAAAUAUUAUGGGAAAAAUUACUUCGCCUA